CAACACAUUGAAUCUUCGCUUUCUUUUCCUGUUCCAUAAAAAAUGUCUAUUGUUAUGGCAUCUCUUAAGUCUGUCUUGCUCGCUCCUUUUUACAAUUUCAUUCACAAAGAUUUCCAUGAAGUGGUUGAUCGAAUGACCCUACUUGAUAAGCUUCUCUUCCUAGGUAUUCAUUUUGUGGAUAAGCUGGGAUUGUGGCACAAGUUGCCGGUGUUCUUAGGUUUGGUGUAUCUGAGCAUUCGCCGGCACCUUCACCAGGAAUACAACUUGUUCAACGUCGGCGAAACGCCCACCGGCGUCCGAUAUAAUCCGGCGGAUUACCCUUACCGGACGGCCGACGGAGAGUACAAUGAUCCCUUCAACGAAGGUGUCGGAGAAGAAUCUUCUUUCUUCGGCAGGAACAUCCUUCCAGUUGAUCAGUCAAACAAGUUGAAGAAGCCAGAGCCGAUGGUGGUUGCGACGAAGCUAUUGGCACGUAGAAAUUUGAUAGAUACUGGGAAGCAAUUCAACAUGAUUGCGGCUUCAUGGAUACAGUUCAUGAUACACGAUUGGAUCGACCACUUAGAAGAUACCCAACAGAUCGAGCUUGUUGCACCCAAAGAAGUAGCAAAUCAGUGCCCUCUCAAAUCCUUCAAGUUCUACAAAUCAAAGGAGGAGCCUACCGGCUUCUAUGACAUCAAGUCUGGCUACAGAAACCGCAGAACACCAUGGUGGGAUGGAAGUGCUAUAUAUGGAAGCAACGCCGGAGCAUUGCAAAAAGUGAGAACAUUCAAAGAUGGGAAGCUGAAGAUAGGGAAAGAUGGUCUUCUCCUCCAGGACAAAGAUGGGAACAUUGUAUCCGGAGAUGUUCGUAAUACCUGGGCUGGUCUCUUGUCGUUGCAAGCUCUCUUUGUUAUGGAGCAUAAUGCAGUGUGCAAUGCCCUAAAGAAGGAAUACCCAGAAUUAAAGGACGAGGAACUUUACAGGCAUGCAAGGCUAGUGACGUCUGCAGUGAUUGCGAAGGUCCACACCAUUGACUGGACCGUGGAGCUGCUCAAAACUGAUACAUUACUUGCAGGAAUGCGCGCCAAUUGGUACGGUUUGCUGGGGAAGAAGUUCAAGGAUACAUUUGGGCAUUUGGGAUGGUAUCUCUUAAGUGGUUUAGUGGGUAUGAAGAAGCCUGAAAACCAUGGCGUCCCAUAUUCCUUGACAGAAGAAUUCACCAGCGUUUACAGGAUGCAUCAACUCCUUCCAGAAAAGCUCCAACUUAGGAAUAUUAACGCCGCCCCUGGACCCAACAAAUCACCUCCACUGUCUAAAGAGGUUGACAUGAUGGAUUUGAUUGGCCAGAAAGGAGAACAGAAAUUGUCGGAAAUAGGGUUUGCAAGGCAAAUGGUGUCAAUGGGGCACCAAGCCUGCGGUGCACUUGAACUCUGGAAUUAUCCCUCGUGGAUGAGGAACCUUGUCCCUCAAAAUCCCGACGGGACUGAUAGGCCAGAUCCCAUUGAUUUAAUUGCUCUUGAAGUGUAUAGGGACAGAGAGAGGAGUGUAGCAAGAUACAACGACUUCCGUAGGGCCAUCCUUCUGAUCCCCAUCUCCAAAUGGGAAGACCUGACCGACGAUGAGGAAGCCAUCAGAACUCUCCGGGAAGUCUACGGCGACGAUGUGGAGGGAUUGGACCUUCUGGUUGGGCUCAUGGCUGAGAAAAAGAUCAAGGGCUUCGCUAUCAGCGAAACUGCCUUCAUCAUAUUUCUUCUCAUGGCAUCAAGGAGGCUGGAGGCUGACAGGUUCUUCACCACGAAUUACAACGAAGAAACAUACACGAAGAAAGGGCUGGAAUGGGUUAACACGACGGAGAGCCUGAAAGAUGUGUUGGAUCGGCAUUAUCCAGAGAUGAGUGAGAAGUGGAUGAACUCCACCAGUGCUUUCUCCGUCUGGGAUUCACCGCCGGAACCUCACAACCCCGUUCCGCUCUACCUUCGUCUUCCUCAAUAAAUUUAUAUUGCAGCUCGAUCGGCUUUAAUUUGCGUUGUUAUUUUUAUUGUUUUAAUUUUCUUGAUUGUAUGUAUUUUAAUUAAGUUCAUGCAUGCAUAUAAUAAUAAUGAAGUGUGGUUUCUUGAA